AUGUGCCACUUUCAGGUCUCCUCACACUGCUGGUGUGUUCCAUUUUUUGUCAUAGGGUGCUGGCAGAUUACGGGCCUCCCAUAGCUGCUGCCAGGCCCCUAAUCUGCCAUGGGCCCCUAUACCGCCUCCUCAUGCUGCUGCCAAGUCCAGAGUCUCUCAUGGGUCCCUGUACGGCCUCCCAUUGCUGCUGCCUCCAUCGCCACACUCUGCCAUGUGCCACUUUCAGGUCUCCUCACACUGCUGGUGGUUUCCAUUUUUGUCAUAGGGUGCUGUAUGGCCUCCCAUUGCUGCUGCCUCCACCGCCACACUGUGGCUCCACACUCUGGUUUUGGCCCCGUGACUGCCCAAAUGAGUGAAGUGUGCGGUGAUUCUAAGAUCGACGGCACUCAUCUGCAUGUCAUACUGACUGACAGUAUUAUUUCUCUUCCCCAGCAGACUCCAAGGGCAUUUAAAUUAAAGGUACAGUGUUCUGCACUAAAUAUU